UACUCAUUACAGCCCCUAACCUCUCUCUCUUUCUCUUAAAAAGUCAGCGCCUUCUUUUGUCUCCUCCCUAUAACAUCAGUUGCAGAAGGAAGGUACAGAUUCACAGACCUUGUCUCUGUAGCCAUGGAGGAUAUUGAUUGGGAUCUUCAUGCUGUGGUCCGAGGCUGCACCACCUCCACCUCCACCACUUCUACCACCACCACCACCAUCAACAGCAACAGCAACAGCACUGCUAGUGGCUAUAGAUCAGAUUAUUAUCCUCAAUAUUCUUGCUUUUCUGGUUUUGGAAGUGAGCAAGUUGGCCAUCUUUUCUCUCAUCCAGAUCCCUUUGAAACAAGAAAUGCUAUUGGAGAAUUGCAUGAGCUUUACAAGCCAUUCUUUCCCAAAUCUCAGCAGCCCAUUUAUUCUCCACAAGCCUGCACACCCCUCUCUUCUUUUUCUUCUUUUACCAGUUUUACCAAGGAACAGCCACAGCAACAACAAAAACAGUCACAGCCUAAGCAGUCUCAAACUGGUUCUGUGACUAGUAGUGCAAAUUCUCAUACACCUCGAUCCAAAAGAAGAAAGAACCAGUUAAAGAAAGUAUGCCAAGUUCCAGCUGAGGCUCUCUCUUCAGAUGUGUGGGCAUGGCGAAAAUAUGGGCAGAAGCCUAUCAAAGGCUCUCCUUAUCCAAGGGGCUAUUACAGAUGCAGCAGCUCAAAAGGGUGUUUGGCCCGGAAACAAGUGGAAAGAAACAGAUCCGACCCAGGAAUGUUCAUAGUGACCUACACAGCAGAGCACAACCACCCUGCUCCUACUCACAGAAACUCUCUAGCAGGCAGCACCCGUCAGAAGACCUCAACACCUCAAACUGGCAAAGCUAAUGAUUCUAGCAAACCAUCAUCACCAGCCAAACCCACUUGCUCAUCUCCAGCAACUUCUCUGGAAGAUGAGCUAUUAGCUCGAAGUACUUCAAACACGGAAUUAAGCAGAGAAGAGAAAGAUAUAACGGAAGAUGAUGAUGAAGAUGAGAUUGGUGGGUUCUCAGAUAUAGCUGUUAGUGACGAUUUCUUUGCGGGUUUAGAGGAGUUUGUUGGUCCUGCCACCGGAGAUUACUUCCCUGAUCAUUUUCCAGCAAGUUUUGGUCAGCCCUGGCUUGCUAACAAUGCUGCCACGGCAGCCGAAAGUAUUUGACAUUAGUUGAGAAUGGCAUCUCUGACAUCGGUCUUAUGCUUUUCUUUUAUUUUCUUUGCUUUUUUUCUUUUCGGUUACUUGUAUCAUUUUGCUAGAAGUAGAAUCUCAAAGGCAUCAAUGCCUUGUGCCUGUGAAGUGAAUGCUGCGGGUGAAAAGUAAAGAGUUUAUUCCUUUUGUUGAUCUUUA